AUGGCCUUACAACACAACCACAACCACAACCAUUCCUCAUCUUCCACAACAAAUUCAUCUUCUCGUAUUUUACAUUCUACUGGUUCAGCACAAUCUAUAUGUAGUAAUGGAAGUAAUGAACAAUUAGAAAUGGAAGAAAAUGGAGGGGGAAGAGAAGGAAAUGGAGGAAGAGGAGGAGGAAGACUUGAUGUUGGUGGAGGAGGGAAUUUAAAUAAUUGCCAAUCACCUACUACUUUGCUCAACAAUUUAUUAGGAAGUAGAACAAUUAAUCAAAAUAAUCAUCAACAACAACAACAACAUCCACAUCAUCAACAACAACAAGGAGUAGUUCAAAUGAUCCCUCCUCCCCAACAACAAUUAAUAGAUUUUGCUAAUAUGCAAUCUCAAUUAGCUGCUGCUAGCUAUGCUGGAGCCCACUUCCCCGAUGAAAUGAAUAAUUUAUUUGGUUGUUCAAACGCUGCAGCAGCUGCCUCAUUUGUUGCCUUUCCCCCAACAAAUUCAACAACAACAACAAUUAUACGUUCUCAACAACAAGAUUCACAACAACAACAACAAAAUUCUUCUUCUUUAUUUACUCCAUAUUCACAUUCACAACAUUUACGUCCUGGAGGAAAUGUUGUUGUUGAAAAUAGAACGUGUAGUAGUGUUGGUUCUGGUCAACAACAGCAACAACAGAGACAAUCAAUUAGUUCUUCUUCUACUGUUAAAAGAAGUGUUCGGUCUGGAGUGGAUUUGAUUAAAUGUUCUUUUUGUCCGAAAAAGUUGCAGGGGCAAAAUGCUCUUCAAUUACACCUUGAAGAUUGUCGUAUGAUUCGAGUUCAUGAGUGUGAUCUUUGUGGGAAACGAUUUAAAGCUCGAGGAGGAUUACAACAACACAAUCGAAUCCACGUUAAUGAUCGGCCUUAUAUGUGCCAUUAUUGCCCAAAGCGUUUUACACAAAAGAGCCAUGUUGACCAACACGAACGUAUUCAUACUGGGUCAAAACCUUUUGCAUGUCAAUUUUGUGGCCGACAAUUUCGUCAAAGAUCUCAACAACUUGGGCAUGAAGCAACACAUUUACAUAGAGGAGAUCAACGUGUUGAAAGACCACCACCACAACAACAACAACAUUCUGCAGACUCUAAUAAUAAUGCUUUUGGUCAAAUAGUUAUGAAUGGGGCAAAUAGUUCAGCUGCAUCUGAUUUGCAUAAUUCUUUAUCUUCAGAACAGAGUUCACCACUUUCUUCAUCUUCCGACCAUUUAGCCGCAGCAGCAGCCGCCGCCGCAGCUGCCGCAGCAGCUGCAUCAUCUCUAAAUGGAGGGCAUUUACAACAACAACAACAUCAUCAACAGCAACAACAAUCUUCUUUAAAUUCUUCCCCUUCAACCUCAACAAUAGCUAUAGCUGCAGCAGCACAACAACAAAUGGCUUCGUCUUUUAAUGGAUUGCUUAGAGCUGCUGUCGAAGAUGGAAAUGGUGGGGGAAGAGGAGGGUUUCAUCAUCACCAACAAAUGGAAAGAAAUGCAGCAGUUGAUAGUUUACUAGCAAUGUCUGCAAUGUCAAAACAUCACCAACAACAAUUUCAACAACAACAUUUGGAUGAACAAUUGCGUAUAAUGAGUGGAGAAAGAUAACAAAAUUCAUCCAUUUUAUUUUGUUAGCCAUAGCCCUAGAGUUCUAAUUUACAUUUUUAGUGUUCUAGUGUAUUGCUAGGGUGUUUUUUAGGGUUUCCCGGUCCCUCUCUUAGUCCGCAAAUUUUAUCCGCAAAAAAUUAAGUCCGCAAGUUUUUUGCGGACUAAUUAAAUAAAUCUCUGGGGCUGGCCAAAUACAUCUCUAGGCUGACUUAUUUUAAAUUUUGGAAAAAUAUUUCCUGCCAAAAAAAAUUUUUUUUUGCGUUUUCCUGGCCUACCCUUAAUGUUGAGGAAAUUUCAAAAAAUUUUUUGAAAAUCU